UUAUAAGGCCCCUCCCCUUCCGGCCAGUGCAUUGCUGGGAGAGGAGGAGAAACAGGCCAGCUUCUGGCUUAAAUUGGAUGGUUAAGCAUCUUGCUACCUCAAGGAAAGCUUCAUAAUUGGUUCUUCAGGGAGGCUUUGCUACCUCAGCUAUGCAGCAGAUUACUCUUCUGUCUCCAGGAAUGCAGGUUUGGCAAUUCCCAGUAAUGUGGCCAGUCUUCUGUCUGCGAGCGAACGUGGCAGAACAGAAAAGAACGACUUCGUCUGACCUGGUUGUUGUUUCAAAGCAACACUCAUCGAUGGAAAAGGAAGAAUUAAGGAAAGGCUGCCCUCCUGUUGAGGGGGAGAGCAGAGGAGCUGGGCAGAAGGACCAAGGGAAGGAAGGGCUCGAUUCAGAGUUACAGCGCCAGCACUUCAGAAGUUACCACUAUGAGGACGCUCAGGGGCCCCGAGAGGUUUGUAGCCACCUCCACUCUCUCUGCCGCCUGUGGCUGAAGCCUGAGGAACAUACAAAGGCGGAGAUGCUGGACCUGGUGAUUCUUGAGCAGUUCCUGAGCAUCCUGCCCCCAGAGAUGGAGCACUGGGUGAGGGAAUGUGGGGCAGAGACCAGCUCCCAGGCUGUGGCCUUGGCUGAAGGAUUCCUCCUGAGUCGGGCCCAAGAGGAGAAGGCGUUACAAGAAGAGGGGCAGGAGAGAGAGGUCCUUCAGGCCCAGGAGGACCCACCAGGCACCAACCAGGCCUUCCCUUCUGGGUGGAUCAAGCUGGAGGAGGAGGACACAAGAGCUGCUCCACCAGGAGAGGAGCCAAGGGUGCUGGGAAGACGUGGCAGCUCAACACUUUCUGAUGCCGGAGAAGAAGUGGCAUCCAUUCCACAAGAUCAGGUGACAUUUGAGGACGUGGCUGUACAUUUCAGUGCCGAGGAGUGGGCCUUACUGGAUCCGGAUCAAUGGGCCCUGCACUGGGAAGUCAUGGAAGAAAAUUACAGGAUGGUGGCUUCUCUGGGUGGUGAUGGACAAGGGAGUGAUAGUGGGGGAGCUCCAAAUAAAAUGUGGCUGAAAACAGUGGGAAGUAAAAUGGAGGAGGAAAGAAGCCUAAAAAUGGAAGCAGAAGGAUAUAACAGGAACUGGUGCCCUGUCGACAUCAGGGAAAUCAAAAUCGAAGAGACAAUAGACAAAAGCAGGGAGAUUGGAAACAGCCCUGUCUAUGAAAAUAUCUUCUUCCAGGAGGCAUACAAUGAAAAAUACCAAAUUGUUGUCAAGCCAUAUAAAUGCCUGGAGUGUGGAAAGAGUUACUUUCAGAAAAAAAGCCUCAGCAGACACAAAAGAACCCACACGCAAGGGAAGCCAUAUAAAUGCCGCGAGUGUGGAAAAGGUUUUUCCUGUAAGAGAAAUGUUAUUGGGCACGAAAUGAAUCACAGAGGAGAGAAACCCUAUCAAUGUCUGGAGUGCGAGAAGAGUUUCUCUUUCAGUGACAGCCUAAAGCUGCACCAAAACACCCACUUGAGAGAGAAGCCCUAUAAAUGCCUGGAGUGUGGGAAAGCCUUCUUUCAGAAAGGACACCUCAAAAGCCACAUAAAUACCCACAUGCAAGAGAAGCCAUAUAAAUGCACCGAGUGUGGGAGAAGUUUUUCCUGUAAGAGACGUCUUACUGGGCACGAAAUGAAUCACAGAGGAGAGAAACCCUAUCAAUGUCUGGAGUGCGGGAAGAGUUUCUCUUUCAGAGAGACCCUAACACAGCACCAAAACACCCACAGAGAAGAGAAGCCAUAUAAAUGCCCGGAGUGCGGGAAAUGCUUUUUUUACAAAGGAUACCUCAACAAACACAUAAAUACCCACACACAUUAGAGGCCAUAUAAAUGCAUGGAGUGUGGGAGAGGCUUUUUGGAUAAGAGACGUCUUAUUGCACAAGAAAUGAAUUGCAGAAGAGAGGAAACCUAUCAAUGCCUGGAGUGCGGGAAGUUAUACCCUUAAAUCUGUUCUUAAAGUUCACCAGAAGAGUCAUACAGAAGAGAGUGGGAAGAGUUUUAGCUACAAAUCAAACCUCAAAAAUAUGCAGAAUAGUCAUAUAGAAGUCAAAAUUGAAUUAUUAAUAUUAUUAUUUUAUUUUAUUAAAUUUUAAUUAUUUUUCCAUAAUUAUAUUAAAACAGGGGAGUGAGGAGAGAAAAAAACAUGGGGGGUGGGGGUAACAAUGAAAGUGUGAGAACAAUUAAUUCAAGGAAAGUAGGAAAAUGUUUAUAUCUAUAGAGAUUUAUUAUAAUAAUAAAUAAUAAACAUUAUUUAUACCCUGCUAACAUCUCCCCAAGGUACUCGGUGUGGCCUAGAUGAGGCCGAGCCCAAAGUACAUCAACAGUAAAAGCAAUAAAAAAACAAUACAACAGUUAAAAUAAAUCUCAUACACAAAAGUUAAUAACAAUAACAACAAGCAUUUAAAACCUAUGUCUGGGCCAAAUGCAAUGAUUUAAAAUUUAAAAAAUAAUGCUGGACAUGGACAAGGUAGGAUAUAAUUAUUAUUUUAGUUUUAUACCCCGCCUCCAUCUCCCUGAAGGGACUCGGGGUAGCUUACACAGGGCCAAGCCCAGAUAACAGAAAUUAAAACAUAGCACAUCAGAGUGCAUCAACAGCAAAUUAAAACAACAUCCUACAAAAUAUUUUAAAAAAUCAAA